AUGGCUUCUCAAAGGCGCUCUAUUUUACUAUUUGUGAACAACGCCCCUUGUCAUAACCAAGCAGCAGUAUUCUUCAACGUCAAAUCGGUACGGCUGCCUCUGAACUGUCCUGCAGUGUUACCACCAAUGGAUCAGGGCAUGAUUUGGUUUUUUGAAUAUGAGCAACGUAUCAUGAAAGCCGAGGUGGACAUUCUCAUGGCCAUGCAUCUGGUCAAAAAAGCUUGUGUGUCUGUGCGCCCGCACGUAUUGAUCAGCGCUUUCAUGAAAGAAGGGUUACAAUUCACAUUGAUUAGACCGUCAUUAGAAUUAGAAUUCGUUUUGAAUCAAGCUAAGCAUCGCAAAGACGAAGAUGAAUGUGAGGCAGUGAAUGCGCUGGAAGUCAUCUCAAUCAGAGAGGCGCAGAAGUCAUUGGAUCGAUUGAAGCCGUUUGCCGUGGUUGAUGCUCGGACCUCGUGCGGAUUACCGAUCUACGGAAGAUGGCACUUCGAGCCGUACUACUAUGCAGGGUGGAUUAGAGAACAUUCGGAUACCGGAGUAAACUACCUCGUCACGUUUGAAGACGGGUCCGAAGACCGUCUGCGUGCUGGAGAUAUACUCCUGUUGAAUUUGUUGCCCAUGAACACCAAUGUUUUUGUGGACUGGAAGAACAAUCUUGAAUAUCAAGGUAACUGUUCAAUCACGGCUCAUACAAACGACCCUUGGAAGCCGUAUGAGAUCCGGCGGGAUCCUGAUGGUUUACGACGAACCUUCCGUCGGAAAAACGUAGCCAUCCAUCACAAGGAAGUCCUUCGGUUACGAGGCGAAGGCAUUUUACCGGACAAGACCACGGACAGCGUGUUGCGCAAAGCGUUGCUCGGUACAAACAUCAACUAUUCUAAGUCAGACCUAGGCUCAUUGGACGACCGCUCAGUUGUUUCUGAUGUUAGUUUGGCGAAUAUGGUUUUUGGAAAGCGUGUGCGCAAAAUUAAACGUCCGUGUGAUGAGAACGAAAAAGAGCCCGAGCUUGAUCGAACUCAAAUUCGCAAGACACCAGAGAAGCGCCAAAAGCUUACCGGUCAGCACUCAAAUCGAAGAACAUUGAGGCGUUCUGCUUUAGGUGCUUUUUCACGACAUCCUCGAACCCGCGUUAUUUCGGGAUCCGAAGAAGAAGAGGAAGAAGGAUUGACUCAACCAAUGUCAAUCGACGCUGUUGGUGAGCGCACACAGACCAGAGAUUGCCUGCGCUAUCUACCCGUGUCCCAGAGUCGCGGACCUCGGGAUUCAGCUAACUACUAUCUUCGACGUACUCUUUCCCGUUCACUAAACCUUCCUAUUCCAAGUUGUUCCCUGUUCCGGGGCUGGACGAUCAUUUUCACCGGGCGAUUCCCGCAUGUCUUCACCUCACCGGCUGGUUCUGCACCUGGCGAUCGUGAAACGCUUAAAAAACUUGUACUGGCUACCGGAGGUCAGGUGUCCACAUCUGACCUGAAAUGCAAAGAAAAUCAAUCGGACUUAUUUAUCAAUUAUCAGAAGAAUCGCGUGGCACUUGUUGCUUCGGGACCAUGUCGAACAAUGCGGUAUUUUCAAGCCUUGGCAACCCUUGGCCGCGUGCCUCUUCUGCGGACCAAGUGGAUUGUUGAUGCGGUUCGUUAUGAAGCCUCGGAGUCACAGAACGUUAAUGACGACAAUAAUCCCUCAGAGAAGUGCACAAACUGGCCUCUUCGACUGUUACUUGAUCACCCUGGUCGCUACGAAUUAUCUCGAGGCAUGCUCACCACAUCUGGAGAGUGGAUCGAAUGGUCUGCUGUUCCGAUACAUUAUCUGUCUACUUCAUCUUCGGACGACGUCCCUACUCCCUCCUUAUUCAAACCCUCAGUCGACUGGUCCACUGAAACCUGCAAAGUAAUUGCAAUUGUUACCGAUGAUACAGAUGUGUUUGGUCCCUCCUGGUCCACUAUUUUACGGUUAGCACAUGGUUCAAAAAUUAUCCCUGGAACCAUGGAUCCACAACCCGAGUCUAUCUACGAGUGCCAUCCAAUCCCCACAUUCUCGGUGCAAGACUCAGUUGCCCAGCUGUCCACCGUGAUCCGUUCGCAAUUUAGUCCCCAGCGAUCGUCGGCGAGAUUGGUUCUUGUUGAUCGCAGUAAACUGACAGAGCGCAUUUUAUCUGCGUUACAAUCGUUACCUGUCCGAUUGGUCACUUGUGAUUACUUCAUCCAAUCGUUGAUAUGUGGUCGGUUGUUGGAUCCGGAUGCUUCACCCCAUUUCAUUCCAACAUUGGUCCAGAAGAGCGUGUAA